AUGGGAAAUGAUUUGUCAUCAUCAUCAACAGCACGAACACCUAUUUCACUUGAUGAUUCUGUUUGUUGGCACCUUUAUAAUGGAGUUAAUGAACGAUCAGAACCAAUUUCAAUUUUUAUACCUAAACAAACAUUUACUGUUGAAUGUCGACGAUCAAUUCAAUUUUUAAAAACUAUUCGUCAUCCAAAUAUAAUUAAAUUUUUUACUGAUUUUAAAACAUUUGUUGAUCAUGAUAGUUUUAUUGCUGAUUGUGUACAUCCAUUAACAAAUAAAUUACAUACAAAUGAUAUUGAUUCAUCAGCUAAAAUUUGUUUAGGUCUUUAUCAAUUAUCUCAAGCUUUAGAAUUUCUCCAUGACAAAGCAUCUAUUAGUCAUAAUAAUAUUUGUUUAUUAUCACUUUAUAUAUCUCUAAAUGGUAUAUGGAAAUUAGGAAAUUUUGAAUGUGCAUGUCGUUAUGAUAAUCUUAAUAGAAAAUAUUUAGCAUCUUUAAAAAUGAUUCGAUAUGAAGAAUGUAUAACACCUGAAGAAAAUGAAACGGAUUCAACAGAAUUCGAUAGACAAGAAAUUUAUGCUAUUGAUGUAUAUGGAUUUGGUACAUUGAUUCGUAAUCUUAUGACAAUUGUCAAUGUUGAUGAUUCAUUAAAAAAUCUUUUAAAUGAUUUACAAAUAUCUCUUACUGAAGAAGAUCCACAAUCACGACCGACUUGGUCAAUGCUUCUUAAAACACAAUUCUUUCAAAUUGAUUAUAUUAAAACAAUUGAACUUCUUGAUCGUCUACCGACUGUUGAUGAAUCCGAUCUUUCCAAUGUAGUCGAUUCUCUAUCAACAUAUCUCGAUAAUCUUGAUACAGAAUAUUUUAAUGAAUUAUUAAUUCGUCGUUUAUGUCUUCCAUUUAUGUUUUUAUGUUCAUCAACAAGAUUAAAUAUCAUUCCAAGAAUAAUAGUUCCUAAAAAUGAUGAUGAUAAUGAUAAUAAUAAUAAUAAUUCAUGGAUUACAAUUGACAAAUAUCGUAUAUAUGUUAUACCACAUAUAAUUGAUUUAUUUUCUUAUCAUGUAACAUGUAUACGAGAAACAUUACUUGAAUAUUAUAAUUCAUAUUGGGAAUUAAUUGAUAGAACAAUUUUAAUGAAUAUUAUUCUUCCACAACUUCUUUAUGGACUUAAAGAUUCAAAUAAUACAAUAUGUAUGUUAACAUUAAUUGCAUUAGCUUCAAUGGUACCAGUUUUAGGUGCUGAUGUAGUUGUUGGUGGACAACGAAAACAAAUAUUUACUGAUAAAAUAAAAAAAGAAAAUGUUUUAUUAUCAAAAACAGCAAAAAUUAUAUCAAGAACAAAUUCUCCAUUAUCAACAUCACCAUCACUUCCACAAAAACCAAGAAAACCUAGUCCAGUUUCAACAAAUAAAACAAAACCACUUCGAUUAAAAACAAAAUCAAUCACUACAGAACCAUCUCAACCACUUACCAUUUCUUCAGAGUAUACGAAUGGAGAUCAUUUAUCAUCAGAUAAUAUUCUUGAAGAACCACAAACAACUAUUAUUCAAAAUGGACUUUCUAAUCAAUAUAUUCAAGAUGAUGAUAUUGAUAAUGAUGAUGGUCAAUGGUCAGAUUGGGAACAUAAAUCAGAUCCACCAGAAUCAUUUGUAUUACCUGAAAAAUUAACAUUAUCUUCAUCAAUAUCUGAACAAUCAUUAAAACCUACUAAAUCUUUGAAACUUAUGAGUCCUACGAAAUCAAAAUGGGAUCCAAAUGCACCAUUAGGUAGUGAAUAUGAAUUACCAUCUGUUGUAUUAACAAAUAAGAAAUCAACAAAAAUCGAAACACUAGAAAAACAAGAUACAGAAGAUUUUUUUAAAGAUAUGACACCUAAAGUUGAAACAGUUGAAUUAAUGAGACAACUUGAAACUAUGUUUAAUGUUAAUACAGAUCAAUCAAAUGAACAAAUCAAAACAACAUCAUUUUCUAAUAAAUUUGGUAUUAUAGUACAAGAUCAAGGUGAAAAUCAAGAAAUAGAAAGUGGAAAUAAUAAUUGGGAUGAAUAA